UGGAGCUAUUAAUUUGGCGGGUGAUUAGGCGGAAAAUUUAUCGGGGUGGUGGAUGACGGUCGGUGUCUAUUGGGCAGCCUAAUUACUGUCCCAGCCGGCCGGAGCGCCUUGCCGUGGGGCAUUCUGGACAGACACCCCAUCGCGGAAAAAUUGCGAUUCCCCAAUUCCGAAAUGGAUUCCGCCAAGUUCGCCGUAUUCGUUCUCUUUUCUCUCACCUGCGGCUCUGCAGCUUUUGAGUCCACGGCGGGAAACUACGGCAACCACGAAAAAUGGCUGAAAUACAGUCGCGCGCUCUCGAACAGUCUCAGCAGCGAGGAAAUCCUAAAAUUGCACGAUACGGAAUCCUCUCCGAAAACGCGCACGACACCCUGCGUCGACGGUGAAGAUUGCAACGACCGGCGAAGCCUCAGCAUCUCCGAGGAGUCGGAGUCGGAGACACCCAUGUCGAUGCUCUUCCUCAACCUCGACGACCUCGAGAUCCCCUUCCCGGUCGUGAAAGACGUCCUCCACUUGAACAAGAACCACGCGGACCGAGGCAAAUUCGUCGCCAAGAAAGCUGUCGUCUUCUCCUUCGUCAACAAAACAGCUCUCCGCGAGAUCGAUACCUCCGGACACGUGGAUCCCAAAGACGACCCCAUGGUCAUCGCCCUGUUUCUUCCUGUUGAUUUCCAUGCCAAUAAGCCCGUUGCCAGCAUUCCGAAAGCCCCGAAACACGAGAUCGACGCCGAAUGGCCCAGGUUCUUCAAGACUCUCCUGACGGAAAUGGCUGCAUCCAACGUCACAUCGCAGAACUUGCUCCAGCUCCUCAUGCCGAAUUCCACGCCGGGCAUCCAUGCCCGGCAAAUUUUCAUGCAAAAUUCUACACCCGAUAUGGAUGCUCAACAUCCCUUUAUGAUCAACUCUCCGCCGGGCAUGUACGCCCGACAGCCCUCAAUGUCCAAUUUUGCACCGGGAAUGGAUGUUCGACAACCCUUCAUGUCCAAUUCUGCUCCGGGCAUGGAUGCCCGACAGCCCCUCAUGCCCGAUGCUGCACCGGAUAUGGAUGCCCAACAGCCUUCCAUGCCAAACUCUCCGCCGGGCAUGGAUGGCCGACAGCCCUUCGUGUCCACCUCUCUGCCGGGCAUCAAUGUCCGACAGCCCCUCAUGCCCGAUGCUGCACCGGAUAUGGAUGCCAAACAGCCUUCCGAGCAAAACUCUUCGCCGGGCAUGGAUGGCCAACAGCCCCUCAUGUCCAACUCCGGACUGGAUAUGAGUGCUCCACAUCUCUCUCCGCCGGCCAUAGACAUCCAACAGCCCCUCAUGGCAAACUCUCCGCCGGCCAUAGACAUCCAACAGCCCCUCAUGGCAAACUCUCCGCCGGCCAUAGACAUCCAACAGCCCCUCAUGGCAAACUCUCCACCAGCCAUAGACAUCCAACAGCCUCUCAUGGCAAACUCCCCCCCGGUCAUAGACAUCCAACAACCCCUCAUGCCUAACUCUUCGCCACAAAUGGAUCCCGAACACCCUCCCAGGCCCGACCCCGAGACGCCGCCGGUCACGGACGCCCGGCAGGCCAGCUACGAAGAGGCCAUGCGAAUCGUCAAGGACCACAACUUCCCGGACACGGACGUCACACUCUACUUCUUCCGCACCCCGCACGUUACCGUCCCCCCGAAGUACGUCAAGAAAGUCAUAACGGAAGCCGACGUGCCUCUAGCCGCCGGCAGCCUGUCAAGAUUCGAGGUGAACGAAGUCUACUUGAUGACAGUCGCCAACGAAACCGCCGGCAAGGCACUGAGAGAGGAGCUAGAUGGUAAUACAGGGGCGCCAUUAACCACCCCAGUCGUUUUGUCCUUCAUCAUCCCCGUGGAUUUCAAAACCACACGUAAGACACUCCCUCGAGCCAAAUUAGCCGGUGGCCCCCCGAUGCUUGUGCCGGGCAGCGGGGCCCGGCUCGUGCCGCUGACCAUCAUGCCGAUCCCCAUGUUGGUGGAUUUGAGUCCGCGGUUUUCGGAUUUGAUCCGUAGGCAGUACUUGAGCGCCGGUGUCCACGGAAGUGGAAGUCCCGGUGGUGUGGGGGUGGAUACCGUGAACCUGCCGCAGGGAAGUCCGAGGAGGAAUCCCGAAGGGGUGCAGCCACGACCGACGCGGCCUCAGGGUAGUUCUGACGCCGGCGCCUACCACUACCUCAGCGCGCCGCCCGCUACGGCGCCUGGCGGCAUCGCCUCCGCAUUACAACCUUGAGGGUUUGUAAAAUGCACAAUGAGAAUUGUCACGAAAUUAGGUUUUAAUGGUUCUCUUUUAGUUUAUAUAAUUAAUACGAAGAAUAAUAUUAUUAAUUUUGGGGCAUUAAAAUACAAGUCCUAAAUUCAAAA